UUGGGCGCCGCGCGAGGCGCAAGAAGGCCUUUGACGGCGCAGGCCGGCGGCCGGUGGAUGGGUGCGUUUCGUCUCCGGGAGAGGAGACCUCAACGGUACGGCUCUUCGCAUGUCUACUCGGAAGUAAGCCCCGCUGAAUUCGGUGGAGGUCACUCCCAGCACCAUGCACCCCAUAAGGCCUACAUUUCGGGGUGGUGCCUCUUUCCAGAUGUCUGUUGCUGGGCACAUGCCAAAAUCUCAGCUACAGGUGCCUGAGGCUGAAGAUACCACAGAUAUCGGGGGCAAAUCCCUUCUUUCAACAGGCAAGACAGAAGGAGGGCUCUCGUCACCAAGAGGUGGCCAAAAGGAGCCUUUUGUGUCUGUUCCAACACUGGCCUCCAUGUUUCGGGGCCUUGGUUUUGAGAUAGCUCCUAGGCCUCCUUUGGUCUAUCCAGGUCGAGGCAUUUUGGGGAGAGGAAUAGGUGACAUGAACAUGAAACCCAGAGUAGAUGUCCCAACACAGCAGAUCUGUACAGGGUUGAGAGCAGGGCCAGCUGGAGACAGCAAGGUGGAGCCGGUGCUUCUUGGCCGUGGCAUGGUACCAAGUUAUGUGGAAAGUGAAAAGCCUUUUUUCGGGCUUGGAAGAGGAGUCUUGGGGCUUGGUCACACCCACAUAAGACCCUCUACCUCGGGUAUAGAAAGUCUUCAUUCAGCGCCAUCAAAGGAGCCCAGUCCAGAGAUUCCUUCUGUAGUUUCAGAUGAGCACUUGGAUAAAAAAGAACCAUUUAUGAAGCAAGGGUUGAAAGGGAUAUCGAUCCCUUUGGCACUGAAUCUGAUUCAAAUACACUGUAAAAAUGAAGCUGUGUAUCAAUACCACGUAACGUUCAGGCCAGAGGUGGAAUGUAAAAGCAUGCGUUUUGGGAUGCUGAAGGAACAUAAAUCAGUGACAGGAGACAUUACCGCAUUUGAUGGCUCUAUUCUCUACUUACCUAUCAAGUUGCCUCAAAAUAUUGACCUGAAGUGUCAGAGAAAGACAGAUGGAAUGGAGAUCGAUAUAAAGAUUCAGAUGACCAGAAUUCUGGAACCGAGCUCAGACUUGUGCAUCCCAUUUUACAAUGUUGUUUUUAGAAGGGUGAUGAGGAUUUUAGAUAUGAAACUUGUUGGGAGAAAUUUCUAUGAUCCCACCAGUGCUACUGUGCUUCAGCAGUACAGGUUGCAAAUAUGGCCUGGCUAUGCAGCCAGUAUCCGAAGGACAGAUGGCGGGCUGUUUUUGUUGGCUGAUGUUGUUCAUAAGAUUAUACGGAAUGAUUCAGUCCUGGAUUUGAUGCAUGCAGUUUAUCAACAGAGUCGGGAAAAUUUCCAAGAUGAAUGUAUAAAGCAACUUAUUGGCAACAUUAUAAUUACCCGUUACAACAAUAACACUUACCGGAUUGAUGACAUUGACUGGAACAAGACACCAAAGAGCAGUUUUACCAUGUCCGAUGGGAAAGAAAUCACUUUUGUGGAGUAUUACAGUAAAAAUUAUGGGAUUACCAUCAGAGAACUUGACCAGCCACUGUUGAUUCACAGACCUGAUGAAAGAAAAAAUCCUCCAGGAAAACUGCAGCAGGGUGAAAUCCUGCUACUGCCAGAACUCUCCUUCUUGACAGGCAUUCCUGAGAAGAUGAGGAAAGAUUUUAGAAUUAUGAAGGACCUUACGCAGCAGAUCAACUUGAGUCCUAAACAGCAUCAUGUCUCCCUGUGUCAGCUUCUGAGCAGAAUUGAGAAGAAUGAGGCUGCCCACAAGGAACUGUCCCGGUGGGGGCUUUGCUUGGAUGGGGAUGUUUAUAAGACCAAAGGACGCAUCCUCCCCAUGGAAAGAAUAAAUCUGAAGAAGAGCUCCUUCAGUGCCUCUGAAGACUUAAACUGGACUAAAGAAGUCAGCAGAGAAUCCUGCAUUUCUGCAGUUCCAGUUCAUUACUGGGCACUGUUUUAUCCAAAGCGGACAAUGGAGCAAGUACAUGAACUAGUCAGCAUGCUGCAGAAAGUCUCGGGUCCACUUGAUAUCCCGCUGACCCCACCUGUUUGGAAAGAAUUGAAGGAUGACAGAAUAGAGACUUAUGUCAGAGCUAUCAAAUCAUUGCUAAGUAGUGAGGGUUCUAUACAAUUAGUCGUUUGUAUUAUCACAGGGACUAAAGAUGACUUGUACAGGGCCAUUAAGAAGGUAUGCAAUGUGCAGUCUCCAGUUCCUUCCCAG